AUGCAGACCAGGAAGAAAUACAUUUUCCUGACUUUCCUUGCCUCUUGGCUCCUGCUUUUCUUCUUUGGAGGAGACCAGCUGCUCCGUUUUGCUUUUUUUUCCGGGAGAAAAGCCGAAGCCCGGAGGAACUGGCCCCGCUGGACGGAUCGGUCCCUCCUCAAAAGCUUUGCGGACCCCGAAGAGCUCCAGAGCGAUGGGGACCCCUCGCUGCCAUCGCCCCGGGCACGGCAGGCAGCGUGGCUGAGCGUCUACAAGAACAGCAGAUGCCGGAUGGAAACCUGCUUCGACUUCUCCAGGUGCGAGAAGCACGGCUUCAAAGUCUUCACCUACCCCCGGGAGAGGGACCAGCCCCUCUCGGAGAGUUACAGCAAAAUCCUCACCUCCAUCGAGCGCUCACGCUACUACACCCCGAACCCCGAGGAAGCCUGCCUCUUCAUCCUCAGCAUCGACACGCUGGACCGCGACCAUCUCUCAGGUCAAUACGUCCGUAACGUCGAUGAGAAAAUCCGCGGCUUCCCGCUCUGGAACAGCGGCCGUAACCACCUCAUCUUCAACCUCUACUCGGGCACCUGGCCCGAUUACACCGAGGACCUGGGCUUCGAUAUCGGCCAGGCCAUCCUGGCCAAAGCCAGCUUCUACACCGAGAACUUCAGGCCCGGCUUCGACAUCUCCAUCCCUCUCUUCUCCAAGGACCACCCGCAGCGCGGCGGGGAGAGGGGGUGGUUGUAUCAGGACUCGAUCCGUCUGAAGAAGAAAUACUUGUUGGUGUUCAAGGGGAAGCGGUACCUGACCGGCAUCGGCUCCAGCACCAGGAACGCGUUGCACCACAUCCACAACGGGCAGGACAUCGUCUCCCUCACCACCUGCAAGCACGGCAAGGACUGGGAGAAGCACAAGGACACGCGCUGCGACAAGGACAACGUCGACUACGAAAAGUUCAACUACCAGGAGCUGCUGCACAACUCCACCUUCUGCAUCGUGCCCCGGGGCAGGCGCCUGGGCUCCUUCCGCUUUCUGGAGGCACUGCAGGCCGCCUGCAUCCCCGUGCUGCUGAGCGACGGCUGGGAGCUGCCCUUCGCCGAGGCCAUCGACUGGGGCAAAGCUGCUGUCGUGGGCAAUGAGAGGUUGCUGCUGCAGAUCCCCUCCGCCGUCCGCUGCAUCCACCCCGAGCGCGUGCUGGCUUUCCAGCAGCAGACCCAGGUCCUGUGGGACGCGUACUUCUCCUCCGUCGACAAGAUCGUGCACACCACACUGGAGAUCCUGGUGCUGUGGAGCUGCGAGAAGCCCCCGCCACCGAGUGGGAAAUGGCCCCAGACCACCGUGCCUCUGACCAUCAUCCAGGGCAGGAGGAAGCUCAGCGACCGCUUCUUCCCCUACGCUGCCAUCCAGACGGACGCCGUGUUGAGCCUGGACGAGCACACCAGCCUCUCGACCAGCGAGGUGGACUUUGCCUUUGUGGUGUGGCGCAGCUUCCCCGAGCGCAUCGUGGGCUUCCCCACGCAGAGCCACUUCUGGGACGCCGAGCAGCGGCGCUGGGGCUACACCUCCAGGUGGACCAACGAGCUCUCCAUCGUCCUCACCGCCGCCGCCUUCUACCACAGGUAUUACCACAGCCUCUUCACGGAGUACUUCCUCUGGAACACGCUGCCCGGGGGGCUCCUGGCCCUGCCUGGCUUCUCCACCCACCUCGGGGACUUUCCUUUCUACUACCUGCAGCACGGCUCCAGCCCUUCCGAGAAGUUCACGGCUCUCAUCCGGGCCAUCUCGCCAUCCGGCUCCCUCUCCCAGCCCAUCCUCAGGCUCAUCCAGGCCGUCUCCGUGUCCCAGUACUGCGCUCAGAUCCUGGUGCUGUGGAGCUGCGAGAAGCCCCCGCCACCGAGUGGGAAAUGGCCCCAGACCACCGUGCCUCUGACCAUCAUCCAGGGCAGGAGGAAGCUCAGCGACCGCUUCUUCCCCUACGCUGCCAUCCAGACGGACGCCGUGUUGAGCCUGGACGAGCACACCAGCCUCUCGACCAGCGAGCGCAUCCGGAUGAACGUCCUUGGGGCCGCCGUCACCAAGCUGCCGCCCAUCAAGGUCACGCAGCGGAAGCAGCACAAGGAGGCCGUGCCCCAGCAGGUGAAGGGCACGGCGGGGGCGGCUGGCGGCCGGCGUUUCUCCCAGCAGCAGGACUGCCUCAACCAGUUGGCAGACUGGUUCGGCUACAUGCCCCUCGUGUCCUCCCAGCGCGCGCGUCCCUUGCUGGCUGCACAGAGCCCUCCCGGGGCAGGCGGUGGCUGCUGA